AUCGCAAGGCAAAGAGACAAACCUUGUUACUUCUCAUGACGAUCACUUUGGUGCUUGUUGGGGAAAUUUGGUUUUGUGGUAUGGUGCUUUCAAGAAAACUACGAACUCCAAAAAAUAGGGUAAAUGAAGAGCCUGUGAAUAUGGAUGGUUGUGUGGUCCGUCUCCACACAGUGAAAUUCAAGCCCAAAUAGAUGACAGUUGACUUCCAUGAGCUGCUGGGAUCCAGUGAUGCCCCUGAGCUCGUUCCACAGGUAGAUAAUACGGAUAUCCUGUGUUCAGUGGUUGCUCUGUUUGAUGUGUCUCUCCCUGUUGUUGGCCCUCGAGACGUCCAUGACACGGUACACAGCCAUGGAACGCACACGAUUAUCCUGCUCAGGCAACAGUCAGAUGUUUUAGUAGAGUACAGAAGCAGAACACCGCCCAGUUUUCGAGGGGAACCUGUGAGCUCCCCUGUCCCUGCAGUGGUAAAUGGGCAUAGAGAAUCAGAGGGGCGAUACCUCCAAGUGUUCAGUGAAUCAGAAGACAGUUCAGACAGCUCGGAUGACCAUGAAGAAGUCAAGGAGUGCACAGAGCCCAGGUCUGCGUCUGCGUGGGAGACCUUCUGUAUGGGGCUGGAGGAGUUCCUGGCCAGGGCACGGGAGAGGAGGGCACAGAGAGAGGCUCCAGGAGACGAACAACAGAUCUUGCCCACAGCCGUGGGAGCUGAGUCACUCAUCGUAGGGGCUGCAGCGUACAAAUUAAAGACAUUGUCAACGGGAGAGAAGGUGCUACAGUUAUCUCUAAUGGCUACCAGGAAGCGCUAUGGGAACUGUGGAGGGGGUCACCACAUCAUAGAGCUACUGAAGACCCAGUCUGUGUGUGGGGCCUACGAUGCGUUCCUCUCUCACGCUGACACAGACGCACGCGGUGGACUUCUUCUCAUGCUGUGGCCUCACUGACGAUGCCCUGCUCAACGACAAGUUCCGGUACUGAAACACAUCAUCACCACCAGUCCAUGGUGUUGUUUACAUCUACCUCUUUCAUCAGAGAAGUGAGGGAUGAAUGGACCAACACCACGCUAAUGAGUUACCUACCUCCCUCCACCACCGGUGAGCCACCUCACAUGAACCACACAGGGAGCUCAGUACAGGCCAUA